AUGUGGUAUCUUGAUGACAUUCUUAUACCAUCUACAUCGUUUAAGGAUAUGUUAAGUCGAUUGCGACAAGUGUUGGAUGCAUUGAAAGAGGCAAAAUUAACACUCAAGUUAAGUAAGUGUUACUUUGGCUAUCCAGAGGUAGCAUAUCUAGGGUUCAUGCUGUCAGUUGGAGGCGUGCGGCCAGGAGAACAAAAGAUUGUGGCAGUUAAGGAGUUCCCAAAGCCGAAUAACAAACAUGAAGUACGUCGGUUUCUCGGUUUGUGUGGGUUCUUCCGAAGAUUUAUACCACAUUAUGCGAUGCUAGCACAACCUAUGAGUGAUUUACUAAAGGAUAGUGUGUCAUGUGUGUGGACAACGUCACAAGAAGCAGCGUUCAAUGAGCUGAAGAACAAGUUGAUCUUGCUGCCUGUACUUCAAUUGUUUAACCCAAGUGCAGAAACGGAACUACGAUGCGAUGCAAGUAGUAUGGGUCUAAGCGGGAUGUUACUACAACGAGGCAGAGAUUAG